GGACGAACGCCGCUAUCGUUGGCGGCGGAGAAGGGGCACGAGGCAGUAGUCAAACUCCUGCUUGCGAAGGACGGUGUCGACCCAGAUUCCAAGGAUACUGUAAUCAGACGGACGCCGCUAUCGUGGGCAGCAGAGAGCGGGAACGAGGAAGUGGUCAAACUGCUGCUUGCGACAGACGGCGUUGACCCAGAUUCUGAGGAUACUGGAUAUGGACAGACGCCGCUGUCGUGGGCAGCAGGGAACGGGAAUGGGGCAGUGGUCAAGCUGCUA